UUCCUUUUUGGUGUGGGCUCGAAAGUGAAAUCACGUUGUGCUUUUGGCUCUGCGAUAUUUUUUUUAUUAAAAGGGGAAACUAGUUAAAUUUAAAGCUUCCACCAUGGAAGUUAUGGAAGAAGGCAAUCUCAUGGACAGGAUCCCUAUCCUGCUCCAACGAGAUCUACAGUAUUAUGGAGCCAACCAGAAAGUCCUACAGGAAAACAUCUGCCCUGGCGUUGUUGGCGGUAAACUGGACUUCCCCCGAUCUGCUUCAUUUGCUUCGGUGAAAAUAGUUGUAUGGUUAGAGGAUGAAUACUACGCUGCCUAUAGAAAGAAUUCGGGCCUGCUGCAUCUGGACGAUGUAUUGCUGGAUCACCAGGGUAAAGACGGUGACGAAGCUGCAGGAUGUGGCGGUAUAGUUAAGUCUUCGGAUCCGGAAAAGUUUGUCCUGUUGGUGGUCAAAUCGGUGGACAAUUUACUGGAGCAUCUCCACACUUUGUCCCAGGAAGCUCUGGAUCAUGCUGACCUAACUGUGCUGACGGCCACUAUCGGCGCGGCUGCUCUGGUCAAGAACAGUCUAUUUGUUUGGCUCGGUUGUGUUACGAAGAAUGUUUGUCCGCCGAAGGGUGACGAGAAGGGUGGAUCGCUUAAGAUGAGCUACAAACAGUACUCGGAGAUGACGGAAGCUUUGGCGGAGCGUUUGCUUGAUCUACACUGUCGUCUACUGACUCUGUAUAUAAUUCAGGAUGCUGACUGUCUGCACUGGGAAAGUCAGCAUCCUUUCUUCGAAUCCGAGCGUGGCUCUUACACAAUCCAGAUGUGGUGGCUAUACAUGCAAGGAACUAAGCAAGAUCUUUGGAAUUCAGUUCCACCUACAAUGGCUCAGCGGGUGUUCGCUGGAAUGCUGAAUGAAACGCUUACAGUGCUAACGAUUCGCUACACACAAACCGUUCCAAGUCGUGCCCGCUCCAUGCUUCUAUUGGUGGACGUUUCAAAUAUCUUGCUAUGUGUUGGAGAGCUCCUGCCCGCAAUCUGUGAAAAUGGUGAAGCUUUCGUUGGACUUAACAUAACCAAUCAGGGCAAGAUAAUUCGAGAUAUUCACUCGAAAUGUCAGGAACUGUUUUGUUGUCUGCUGCUACGAGGCGUUCCACUGGGAGUACUCUAUAAGAUUACCAAAAAAGGCACCAACACGAUUGCCAUGUUUAACCAACGGCAAGGUCUUAUUACACCGUGGACAAUUUUCGUACUACCAAAGCUGUUUCCUGCCACCCAGAACGGUCACUGGGCAACUCGCUGCUCUGAGCUUCCUACCAACACUGCACUCUCGUUGGAAUUGAAAGUCCUGCUGGCGGCACCACAAGCCAACUGGUGGUUACUUCUGAAGGUUCUUCUGAUGCGGGAAGCUCAUCUAUCAUCAAUGAUUUUCCAUCAUUUGAUAAAGAAUCUGCCUUCAUGCGAUAACUUCAUCCCCAGCUCGAAGCAACCAUCGAUUAAUCGGGAGAGCAUGUCGAAAAAGUGUGAAGGUUUCCUCUGCGGUUUGGAAUGUAACGAUAUUGUUCAAUGGUCCCUGGAGCAGCAAGAUCCCAUCGGUCAAACCAACUACCAAGUUCUGAUGGGUCUUACCUACAUUGUGAUAAUGGCCGGCAAAACAUCUGACGUAAACAAGACGCUUAUAUCCGCGUUGGAAAAGAGCAAAAUGAAUGACUGGGCUUCCUGCCUUGAUCGACGUCAAGUUUGGAAUCAGAAGCGGCCACCAUGGCUGGAAGCGAUUCUUCAUUUGAUCUACCCGAUUUUGGAUCCAAUCAUCGUCAUGCUUGUCUCUGCGGUUCAAACUACCGCAAGUGUCUAUCAGGCGAUGUCGCUGUCCCUAUCUUGCUUCUCGGAAAUGUGGGAUUGCAUCCCAGACUGUCUGUACACGGUGAUCAGUUGUUUGACGGAGAUUCUACCAGCGGAGAUUAGACCGUUGGGGGAUUCGGUACUGAUUCAGCUUUUGUACAUGGCUUUGUACUCAAAACUUUUGGAAGCCGCCGACAAUGAAACUAAUGUUGAACAACGGGAGGCCAAAGAUUCAGCAGGACAACAGCCUCCACCACCGCCUACACUAGAGGGUGGCGUUUCAACGAUCAACAUGAAGCCGAAGUCGGUAAUUUGUCAAACACUUGCCGAAGCGAUCUGUUCAAUAGACGAGGACAACAAGCACACUGAUCAGAUCAAUUCGUUGAUCAAUCAGGCCAGGGAAAGUCAGCGAUCGGUGAACACACUUGAUAACGAAAUGGAGGAAGCUGUUGGAUUGAGUUUUGCGAGUACAUCCAAGAUCGACGAGUUAGAUGCUUUCAUUCACAACACACCGAGUGUUCGAUCGGAAGAGGAGUUUGACGUUGAGAAUGCAGAGUACAUCGCUGAGAUGUUGGUCAGUGAUAUUCUAGUGACGGGCGUUGGAAAGCUAAGCAUGAAAAUGAUCUACCAGUACAUUCGUAAGAACAUAGAAUGGAUCAUGCAGCAGUUGGGAGUUAGCGAUGUUGAACCGAACCCACUGCAGCCAACUCCGGGACAGAGCAUAAAAGAGAAGCACCACACCCUGAUCGAUGUAAUGUUCCACAUCGGAAAUCAGUCCUUCGAUCAGUUGCUGAGUGGACAUAUGGAUAUUGAUUACAACAGUUGGUUCCAAACGCCUAUGACGAUGAGUUCGGAGAAGGCCUGGCUACAGGUGUCUCAGCGUUGGGAAUUUCAACCAACGGCAAAGCUAUCUGUUCACGAAGCAUUAAUGGUGUCGUUCAUAACAACUCAAUUAAAACCCUAAAGUGUUCGACAUGAUACCAUGUCACGCUUGAUGUUGAAUAUUGCUUGAGAUUCAUGAAGGGGCAUGCAAGUUUGAAUUGAUACAAUCGUUGUUAGUCAAACAUUCCCAUUUACAACUCUCAAAUUAUUUUUCAGAUUUCAUACUCUACCAUGAUUAUCUAGCUUAAACUUUUCUUAACUAAAAAUAUAUUAAAAAUUGGUAUGUAAUGAGAACUGAGAGCACAGGUCAUUGCAAUUGUCUAUAUUUGUGCUUUGAAUUAAUUUUUUGUUGUUUUAUGGAAAAGAGAAAACAAUGGACUCUAAAGGGAAUGGUGUUUACCAUUAAUCCUAGAACGUUGCACUGGGGUACAAAUGUACUCCACGCAUUCUUUGGAACCAUGUGAAGACCAGAAUUCGGCAUUUACCAACCUGGGACCCUAACCAUGAUUCAAUUUAGAGUUCCUAGUAAGAGAAAGAAAAGUGGUAUAGCCAGUUUCCUUAUAGCCUUUGUGGAAGCAGGUGUCAAAGUUGGCGUGGGGUACAUUUGUACCCCAGUGUACGGUUGCCGUUAGCGUUUCAUCAGGUUUCGUGCUGUCAGUGGAAAUGUGACUCGUGACAAUAGCAGUUUAAAUACUGGUUGUUUUACUAUGUAAGUAAUUAGUAUAAUAUAAUCGUUUUUCAUCAUUAAUUCAAUUAAUUUAAUAUAAUUUUGAAGUAGAAAAAAAUCGUUCUCAUUUUUGCUGAUUUUUAUUAUUUCACUGUUUAUUUUUUAUAGUUUUACAAAACAAUGGUUCGCAAGUAUAAUUUUUCACAGUAACUGCUGUAACAGUAACGUUGCGUGUUACCAAUGUAUUACUGGUCAGAAUUUUUUUUCAUUUCGAUUUCGUUUUUCCAAAACCCGAUUUUAAACUUUCACUUUUUCUAAUAAUUACACUUUUUCAAAAAUACCGAAAUUCCAUUUCAUAACGUUUCUAGCAAGGAGUUUUUAUUCUCAGGUGAUACGAUCCUCAUAAACGCCGAUCAGCCAUGUUGGUUUUAGAAACGACAGCUAACAACAUUGUUUACUAGUUUGUUUACUCUCCAUAUGUUUGCUUUGAUUUCAGUGGGUAAACAAAGUUGUUCGCUGUCAUUUUUCUUCCCCGCAAUCUGCUGCAUGCUUACCUCACUCCUCACCUAGUUACUGCCGAAGAUGAAUCACUUUAGAACUCUAAUCACCUUGGUUUCUAGAUUAUUCUUUCAACUUUUAGAAUCUUUUAUUUUUUUUUCAAAUCGGUUGAAAAUUCAUUGAAAGUUAUAGUAAUUUUUGUGAAAAAAGUGAAAACCGCGAUUUCUUCACUUGUUUUUGUUCAAACCAAUUUAUGUAUCAUUGAUUCAAUAAACUCCGUACUUUCACUUACACAGCUGUGUUUGCAAUUAAAUAACCGAAGAAAAUGAUGUAUUAUACAUUUAUUUUGUUUGCAUUUUUACCUACGAAAAUUGCGAUCAAACGCGUGGGGUACGUUUGUACCCCAGUGCAACGUUCUAGGGUGGAAAACGCAAGUGCAACGUUCUAGGGUUAAAAAGUAAUUUGCAGCCGUUAACUAAAUUUAGAUUUUGUUUAUAGGUACACAGAGUGGCAACGAAUAAAUGAUACAAAAACUCAAACUGGUUUUCAAUCCAAUAACAUGUCAAAAUAAACAAAUUACAAUGUAUUUGUAGAGUAGAAUGGGGUCAAAUAGG